UGAAGGCUCCCCUAGCGACGUCUGCCUACGGGCCGUGAGGCGGAGCCGGGUUUACGGGCAAUGGCGCCACCGCGGGGCGGGGUCCGGCUUUGCGGUGUGUGGGGCACCUCCGGGGAGCGGAGCGGAGCCGAGCCGAGCCGGGGCUGCUGCGGCUGGCGCAGGCGGCUCGAGCCGAGCGUGUUCCCCUCAGCCAAUCCCCGACGGAGCCGGGAGCGGGGCAGCUCGGCCCCUUCCCCGCCCUCCUCAGCCCGGAGAGCAGCGACCCCCGGCCGCACAGGGAGCCGAGCUGACGGAGAUGCCGCCUGCUCCCGCGGGGUGGCUGCUGCGCUAGAGCCGGGAGCACCCCCCGCCCAUGGCGGUGCCGAACGGGUCCGUCCCCGGCGGGGAGCCCGGGGACCCCAAGAAGAGCGAGAGCCCGCCCGCCCCCUCCGGCAAGAAGGAGCUGAAGAUCGUGAUCGUGGGGGAUGGAGGCUGCGGGAAAACGUCUCUGCUCAUGGUGUACGCCAAGGGAGCCUUCCCGGAGAAAUAUGCACCUUCUGUAUUUGAGAAGUAUACCACCAGUAUUACCGUUGGCAAUAAAGAAGUAAUUCUGAAUUUGUAUGACACUGCAGGGCAGGAGGAUUAUGAUCGGCUACGACCACUUUCAUACCAGAAUACAAACAUGGUCUUAAUUUGUUAUGAUGUUAUGAACCCUACUAGCUAUGAUAACGUUUUAAUUAAGUGGUAUCCUGAAGUAAGUCACUUCUGCCGGGGAGUCCCUCUAAUACUUAUCGGCUGCAAAACAGACCUUCGAAAGGACAAAGAACAUUUACGUAAGCUCAUGUCUUCUGAGCAGGAACCAAUCACAUAUAACCAGGGUGAAGCAACUUGUCAGCAGAUGAAGGCACAAGCUUAUUUGGAGUGCUCAGCCAAGUGUCGAGAAAACAUAGAGGAUGUUUUUAAAGAAGCAACAAAUAUUGCAUUGAAUGCCAUGAAAAAAGCUAAGCGCCGAAAAGAGAGGAAACGGUGUUCGAUAUUAUGAUGAUCCAGACCACUGGGACUAUAGAAGAGCUUGUUAAAAUCUUGAUACAUUUAUUACCAAUAGUUUAUUUUUAUAAUUUUUUUUCAGUCCAUUUUUAUUCCCACUUUGAUUUUAUUUUUAAAAUUUGAUUUUGUAAUAUUGUGCUUUUUGUUACACCUCAUAGGAAGAUUUCAAAGUGCUUUGUGAAUAUUAGUUUGUGGUAGAUGGCUAUGUUUAUCUGGAUUUUGUUCCUGACCGUAAAUGACUGUCAGCCAGGUUCCAAAUCCACUCUUAUUUAUACAUUGACAGUUUGACUGGCAGUCUUUAUUGCUCAUAGUUUUAUUCUAGCACAUAGGUGCUGGUAGUUCUGGCUGAUUUAUUCGUCUUGUUCACUGCUGAAUUGACAUGGAAAGGAUAGAAAUGGCUACAUCUCUCAGAGGAAGAGUGAAGUUAAAUCAGAGCAGAU